AUGGAGCGCGAAAAGACGAGGCUCGAUAGUCCGUCUGUGUAUACUAUUGGAUGGAUCGCGGCCCUGGCCAUUGAGCAAGCAGCAGCAAGGGCACUACUAGACGAGGAACACUCUGAACCAAACAACUUUCACCCAUCUCUUUCGGACACAAAUAAUUAUAUCUGGGGUCGUGUCGGACAACACAACAUCGUCAUUGCGUCUCUACCAGCAGGAGUCUAUGGAACAACCUCCGCUGCUACCACCGCCUCGGACCUUGUGCAUUCUUUGCCGCAAAUCCGGUUUGGUCUCUUGGUCGGUAUUGGUGGAGGUAUAGCUAGACCUAUCGACGAUCAAGACAUUAGACUUGGUGAUGUUGUUGUUAGUCAGCCGUACGGUGUUACUGGAGGCGUCGUGCAAUAUGAUUUUGGCAAGGCGAAAGCGAAUGGGGUUUGGGAACGGACAGGCUCGAUUGACAAGCCACCUGCAGUUCUAUUGAAAGCCCUGGCCAACUUGCAGGCCGAGCAUGAGAUACGACCUUCCAAAAUACCGCGAAUCCUCACGGCUAUGCUGAAAGCUAACCCUGGCAUGAAACGACCCGGUAGUAACUUCACCUACCAGGGUUCAGAGAAUGACCGUCUUUUCCCAUCAGACUAUGAACACGUUGAUGGGAAGACAUGUAAGCAGUGCGAUGUGUCUCGCAGAAUCGAUCGUGAGGAACGGAAAACCACAGAGCCGGUGAUCCAUUAUGGAGUUAUUGCUUCAGGCAACACUCUUAUCAAAGACGCCAAGUUCAGAGAUAGCCUCACAGAGAGCAUGGGCUAUCGAUGCUUGUGUGUCGAGAUGGAAGCUGUAGGCUUGGUUGAUAAGUUUCCAUGCCUUGUUAUUCGGGGAAUUUGCGAUUAUGCCGAUAGCCACAAGAAUGAUCAGUGGCAGAGAUACGCAGCAUCUACCGCUGCGGCAUUUGCUGUAGAGCUUCUGGGCUUUGUUCCUGCGCGGCAACUCAAAGAGUCUCCACGAGUUCUCGAGAUACUCGAGUCACUGGAAGGCAAGAUGGACUCCAUGAACCAUCAAAUGCAACAGACUGGUCUCACUUCAACCCUUGACCAACUACCCUUUGUAGCUGAAGCUCUAUUCAACUCUUACGCCGAGGAACAUAGCCCGGUGUGCCUACCAGAGACGCGAGUAGAGCUUCUCGCCGAGAUAGACAAAUGGGCUGAGCGUUCCGAGUCAAAGACCAUAUUCUGGCUGAAUGGUAUGGCGGGCACAGGGAAGUCAACUAUAUCACGUACUAUUGCACAGCGACAGUUGGAGAGAGGCUGUCUUGGUGCAAACUUCUUCUUCAAAAGAGGAGAGGGAGCCCGUGGGAAUAUGUCGAAACUUAUUCCUACUCUGGCACGCCAAAUAGCAACGCACAUCCCUGGUAUGACCAGUUUCAUCAAAAAGGCCAUCGAUGCCGAUCCGACGCUCCCAACGAAAACUCUUGGGGAGCAGUUUGAGAAGCUUUUCAAAGAGCCUCUUAAAAGAUGGGCAGCCUGUUUAUCAGAUCCAACCUCCCUUGUGAUUGUCAUAGAUGCUCUUGAUGAGUGCGAAGACUCAUUCCAAAUCAAACGCAUAAUUUCCCUCUUUGCUGAACUGGAAUCUCUAGAUUCGCUGAAACUCAGGGUUUUUAUCACGAGCAGACCAGAGCUUCCGAUUCUGCUUGGAUUCCUAGAUAUCAACGGCACGUACGAGAGUCUCGAGCUCCACAGCAUUUCACAAGACAUCGUGGAGCACGACAUAUCUAUCUUUCUCCAACAUGAGUUGCGCAUAAUAAGACGUGACUUCAAUUCCAUGGCUCGCAGUGGCCAAAAGUUAGCUGAGCAGUGGCCGGGCACAGUCAAGAUCGGACAGCUUGUUUCCAUGACACAACCUCUGUUCAUCGCGGCGGCAACUGUUUGUCGGUUCCUGAAUGAUGCUACUCUCGGUGGGCCUGAUGAGCUCCUAGUAGAGAUUCUUGGGUCUAGUAGCCGCUUGCAUAUGUCUCGGCUCAAUGACAUCUAUUCCUCCAUUCUCUCUUCACAGGUGGUCAAUAGACCGAGGAGAGAACGGGAAGAGAUUAUCCAUAGCUUCCAAUCAAUCGUUGGUGCUAUCGUCACACUAGCAACGCCGUUGACAAUCACUUCUCUAUCGUUAUUACUUAACAUUCCAGCCACGACAAUUGAUAUGAGGAUCAAGGUUCUUCAAUCUGUUCUCAAUGUACCCCAAACUCCAGAAGUCCCUGUCAGGAUCCUACAUCUAUCAUUCAGGGAUUAUCUCGUGGAUCCUGAUCUUCAAAAUGCUACGGACUUCUGGGUGGACGAAAAGGCCACACACAGGAGACUGGCAAGCCGUUGCCUCUUCGUCAUGAACUCCAAACUUCGUGAAAACAUAUGCAGACUACCCUUUCCGGGGACAUCUCCAUCUGAGGUUGGAGACCUGGAUACGCAAAGUUUCAUACCCUCUGAGCUUCACUACGCUUGCCAUUAUUGGGUACAUCAUCUUGUAUCCUCCAACACGUUGAAUUUCAAGGCCCAUGAAACUUAUGAUUUCUUAGAAAAGCACCUGCUCCAUUGGUUGGAAGCCAUGAGUGUCCUAGGUCAUGUCACUGAAUGCCUAACUAUGUUACAUGCAUUAGAUGUAUGGCUGCAGGGAUAUUCCUGUGACAGCCUUUCGGACCUUGUCAAAGAUUCUUUGAGAUUCAUCCGAACUCAUAUUUCCAUUAUUGGGGAAGCCCCGCUACAACUCUACUCGUCAGCAAUAGUAUUCUCGCCAUCAAAUAGUAUCGUGAGGCGUCUUUUCUCAAGUCAAGUACCUAGCUGGCUUUUGGCCUGGCCAGCAGUUGAGGAUGAUUGGGGGCCAUGCUCCUUGGUAAUAGGUCACAGUGCUGGAGUCAAGUCAGCUAUCUUUUCGCCGGAUUCAAAAACCAUUGCAUCAAUAUAUGACAACACAAUCCGAAUUCUAUCAACGAAGACCGGUAAAUGCGAGCACGUGUUAGCAGGACACUCUGGAGAAAUCCAGUCUGUGGCCUUCUCUCAAGAUUCAAGUGUGCUUGCCUCAAGUUCAGUUGGUGGAACGCUACGGAUCUGGAACUUGCAGACUGGAGAGUGUGAUCGAGUCUUGAAAUACCCUUCACCUACAGGAAAGGCCUUUGCCUUUUCUUGCGACUCGAAGCUGUUACUCACAGCAAGUGGGAACCAAUUCGUAAGAAUCUGGAAGACACAGACUUGGGACCUUCUCAUUUUAAGGGGACACACAGGAGCGGUCAAUUCAGCCGUUAUUUCACACGACUCGAAGAUGGUAGUGACGUCUUCGGAUGAUGCAACAAUAAGACUAUGGAACACUCACACCGGUAGAUGCGAGAAGAUAUUGACAGGCCAUACAGGAAAGGUCAAUACAACUGCAAUCUCACCAGACAAUCAAUUGCUUGUCUCGGCUUCUUUCGAUCAGACUUUACGUAUAUGGGAUCUGGAUGCGGGUAAAUGCAAAAAGGUGCUCAGAGGCCAUGAAUGUAAUAUCCUGUUGGCGGUAUUCUCACUGGAUUCACGCAUGAUAGCCUCGGGAGAUACAAACGGCCACAUAGGGAUCUGGGAUGCUCGAAAUGGAGCAUUUAUGCACGACCUACGAAGCGGCUUGUACAACGGGAUAUACAAAUCGUUUAUCUUUUCAGAUGACGCGACAAAACUUAUUGCCGUCCUCAGUACAGGCACCGUUCUGAUACAUGAUAUCCAGAGGGGAAGUUAUGAGCAGGCCUUUGGAUUCUCAUCUUCAACUAAGAAUUGGACAGUUGAGCCCUCCCGUGACUUGUCAAUGAUUCUUACAGCUUCUUCGGAUGAUAAUACUGUCCGAAUAUGGGACCCUCAUACACAAAGCAAAGGCCUGAAAGAGGCCAGAAGCCAGGACAAUUUGAUUCUUGAAGUCGAUACAUCGCCAAAUGGUAGAACAGUGGUAUUACAUACGGUGAGUGGCAAUGAGGUUUGGUCACUUUGCCAAAAUAAGUUCGAAUGCCUACUGGUAGGCGACAACGACUUCAUCCAGUUCUCGCCUGAUUUCUCCAUGCUGGUUGUUGCCAAUAAAACAUCUCUCACGAUGUUUAGUGUGGAACCAUGGGAUUGCAUUUGUUCUUCCGCCGUCAAAAGCAUGGUCAAAUACUGCCUUUAUUCAGAGGAUUGCAAGGUCCUCCUAACAUGCCACGAAGAUCUCACGCAGUGUUGCUGGCAUUUGGAACAUCAUACCUACACACGUGUUGCAAAUCCUGGCUAUAUUCAAAUGAAUGGAGGUUCCUUUAAUGAACCAAGAUGUGGUAAUGUUAUUCUUGAUGACAUUGUUAUUCAAGUGGUUGAACAUUCCCUUCGCAGGCUGCGAGAGUCGUCAACCUCGCCGGCUCUGAGACGAGAGCAUUCAUGGAUCACGAUCGGUAACGAGAAGUUCUUCAAACUCUCUCCAGAGUGUCUAAACGCCGAAAUAAGCAUACAGGGGAGGGCAGCUAUUGGGGACUGUGUUUCUGGAAAACGGAUUAUUUUAAGCUUUGAUGUCACUGAGGCUGGGCUGCCGCCAUCUUGCAAGGAAAGGGAGAAAAGUCUGGAUGAUAUUGACCUUUUCAAACUCCUCACGGAAAUGGAGAAGAAUCCAGGUGAUUUUGACUUUUAUAAAACCCUGUAG